AUGGGCCUCGUCGACUACUCUGAUUCAGAAGACGAAGCACGCGACGAGACGCCGGCUAAGAAAAGAAAGAUGUUGGGCGACAAGAAGGACGACGCGACUGCACUGCCUCCUCUACCCGCCAGCUUCCGGAAUCUGUAUUCAUCGGCGGUGAGAACGAGCACCCAAGACGAUCCAUCUCUCCACGCCGGGAGGAAGCGCGUCAUCCCACAUGUCGCCGGCAAUUGGCCCACACACGUCUAUCUCGAGUGGUUUCCAGAGACAGAUGCAUACAAGGUGCUUUGCCUGGCGCUGAGAGAUGUUCAACACACUCUCGAGGACGGCGUCGAUAAUGUGCACAGCUUACUGCAGAAUGAUCUUGGGGUGCAGCUGCCAUUGCAUAUCUCAUUGUCCCGGCCGCUAGCACUCAAGACCGAGCAAAAGGACGCCUUCUUGGCGGAGCUCAAGAAAGCCAUCUCGGGCACUGGUGUGCGCACCUUCGCAGUGUCCCCGACUAAUCUGAUCUGGCACCCGAAUGAAGAUCGCACAAGAUGGUUCUUGGUUCUGAAGCUUCAGAGGCCUGCUGGAGAUGAACUGCAGCAGAUGCUCGGCGCUUCCAACGAUACUGCCGCUGGCUUCGACCAGCCUUUGUUGUACCAAAAUAAGCAUGCACGCAGCGCGGACAAGUCGGCCAAUACGCCCAUCGAAGCCUUUCACAUCAGUGUCGCCUGGUCUUUGCAGUCUCCUACCGCACAGCCUGCGAAGCAUGGUGGGUUGCAUCAAGCGGUCUCGAGUGCUGUCCUUGAGCAGAUGGGAAAGCUGGAGGUCAACUUCGAGGAGGUCAAAGUCCGGAUCGGCCAAGAUGUUACUUCCAUACCGCUACAGAAGGCCAGAGUCACAGGGCCCACGGUCUGA